UAUGAAGUGCAAAUAAAGGAAGAACUAUCAGCUACAAAAAGACAAGUGCUGUCUUCAAGCUCAAAAAUAUUUGACCCUCUGGGGCUUAUCGAGCCAGUGUUAGUAGUAGCGAAGCAACUGAUGCAACAAUUGUGGAAGGAGAAGCUAAGUUGGGAUGAAGAAUUGCCACCCCAUUUACAAGAUAGUUGGUCAAAAUAUUGCAGAUCUAUAAAUUCGACUCAAGCUUUGUUAGUAUCACGCAAUUGUAAUCCAGGCAAUCCGUCACUAUUGGUGGAUCUGCACGUUUUCUGUGAUGCGUCGGAGAGAGCUUAUGGAGCAUGUAUUUAUGCGUGUAGUCUAAAUCAAGAUGGGCGCGCUACUGCACAUUUGAUGUGCUCCAAAUCACGGAUAGCUCCAUUAAAACCACUCACAUUGCCACGUUUAGAGUUAAAUGCUGCACAUUUGGCAGCCAAGCUGUUUAGCAGUGUAAAUCAUGUAUUGUCUAACAAAAUUAACAAUGUAAGUUUUUGGACUGACUCUACAAUUACGUUAAGUUGGAUUAAAACAUCUCCUCACAAAUUGAAAACAUAUGUGGCUAACCGAGUCGCUGAGAUUCAGAGACACACUUCGAGUAAAGAUUGGGAUCAUGUACCCUCAAGUGACAAUCCCGCGGAUUUGUUAUCUAGAGGCACGACUACUGAAGAUUUAAAGGAUAAUUAUCUAUGGUGGCAUGGACCUAGGUGGUUAGUGCAGCCUUCUGAAAGGCCGAUACAAGAAGUUUUUAGUUUAGAAGACAUGCCGGAAGCUAAACGGGAAACUAAACGGGAGAUUACAUUAGCAGCUAUCCCGGAUAUGCACGAUAUUUUGUAUAAAUUUUCAUCUAUCAUUAAGCUAAAAAGAGUCAUAGCGUACUGUAUGCGAUUUACAAAUAAUCUAAGAG